AUGAGUUCGACAUCACCUCAAUUGACAGAUUCUGUCGACGUUACCGCCGAAGACUCGGUGGCCAUAACUCAAAUCCUGACCAGAAUCGACUCAUCAAAUGUGACGUUAUCAGCCACACCUGGUGCUGGCGAGUCCCAGAUCGCCGAUUAUCUCACUACGUGGCUCGAAUACAGGGGUAUUGAGACUCAUCGAAUUGAAACUGUUCCCGGCCGUCCAUCCAUUGUUGGUGUGAUCAGAGGAUCCGGCGGGGGAAAAUCUCUGAUGCUGAAUGGUCAUAUCGACACCGUCAGCUUGACCAGCUAUGAGCAUGAGCCUCUAUCUGGGCAUAUCGGAGAGAAAAACGGCCGCCCUGUUAUUUUUGGCCGAGGCGCGUUGGACAUGAAGUCUGGACUCGCUGCCGAAAUGGCAGCCCUUGCAACUGUCAAGGCUAAGAAGAUUCCUCUUCGUGGGGAUGUUAUCUUCACCGCUGUGUCCGAUGAAGAAGAUGCAUCCCAAGGCACUCGAGAUGUGAUCGCCGCUGGCUGGCGCGCCGACGGUGCGGUUAUCCCGGAGCCGACCAACCGUGUCCUUAUCACGGCCCAUAAAGGCUUUGUGUGGUUUGAAGUCGAUAUUCUGGGGACGGCGGCUCAUGGCUCUGAUCCAGCGUCCGGAGUAGACGCGAUCCUUCAGGCUGGAUGGUUUCUUACGGCUCUCGAAGAAUAUCAGAGCCGGCUGCCAGUCGAUGAGAUGAUCGGGCCUGCAUCCUUGCAUUGCAGCUUGAUCCAUGGCGGCGAAGAGCCGUCUUCGUACCCGUCGAGAUGCACCGUAACCAUCGAGUUCCGUACUAUUCCUGUGCAAAGCGAUGAGUCCAUCUUGUCCGACCUUAAAAACAUCCUUGGCGGAAUUGCUCAACUCAAACCCACUUUUCGCUACAAUGAACCUCGAAUGACUCUGUCUCGUCCGUCCUACAAAUUACCGGUUGAGCAUCCUCUGGUUCAGCAGACGGCGGCAAUUGCUCGUGAAGUGUACGGGGAGUAUCCGACCAUUGACAGCAUGGCUAUCUGGUGCGACGCAGCUCUUCUUGCCGCCACAGGGAUUCCGACUAUCGUGAUCGGCCAGGCAGGCCAAGGAUUGCAUGCGAAGGAGGAAUGGGUUGAUGUGCAGAGUAUUCGGGAAGCGGAAGAGAUUUUUGUUCGCCUAAUUUCUGAAUUUUAUCGACAUGAGAAGAAGAGCCGUUCUCUGAAUGAUCAAACACCCUCCGUCUGCCUGGAACGCGGAAAAAGAUAUGGUCUCAUUAAUCCACCUUGGCCCUACUCCGGUGUCCCGAGAAGGCGCAUGUAUCGCCCGGGACAUGUUCCGAGAAGGCGUGAGCUACCAUUCCAAAGACCUCGAAAGUUGAUAGGCGGAUCCAUGCACCCUUAUCAGUAA